GAUAAUGUGGAUCUGUCCUUUGUCCACACACCACACCCCGUCAGAGAUUCCCGUCCCUCUUUUUUAUUGCUGCAUCUUUCUCGCUGAACAGCCCGAUGGCUUUGACUACUUCUCACCCUUGCUGGUAUCGUGAAAUCUACAUACUAUUUCACUUGGAUAGCCAGCUUCCCCACGGAUUGGGAGAGUCGCAUGACCGGCUUGACUAGCAUGGCAGGGCGUCGCGCGACAAAGCAUUGCUAUGGAGUUUCACAUUGCUUUUGUCUUCUGUACAUUGAAUUACAUGGGGGGUGUCGCCGGGGUGGACUGUUUUUCUUUUUUUUUCAUUUACCUUUUUUUCCCUUAAUUGUACGUAGGGUCGUACCUCACACCGCACUUGCUGCGUCGAUACAUGGAUAUAUAGAGAUACAUAGCUUGCACAUUCAGCUGAAAUAAAACUACUUGCAUAUUUGCAAAUGAUACCAGAGACUUUAUAGUA